UACAGGCGCGCUUUACAGAAGUGUUGCUGGAUCUGCUCGGAGACUUUGAACUAUCUUUUGCUAGUUCCGAUUUUCAUAUUUUCGUAAUCAGAGGCAUGUGCUGAUGCUGUUCGUUGAUUUCCUCUAACGAUAUUUUAAGUGGUUAUAUAAAUGCCAAAUGUUGAUGUUAAUGAAAAUGUACUGCGUGUACUUGUGUCCACAGAUAACCAUGUAGGGUAUGCCGAAAAAGAUGGUUUAAGGGGUCAAGACUCUUUUCGAACUUUUGAGGAGAUUCUACGUCUUGCUGUUUCAAACGAUGUGGAUUUUAUCCUACUUGCUGGUGACAUUUUUCAUGAGAGUCGACCUUCAAUGCGAUCUCUACAUGAAGUAAUGCGUUUACUUCGUAUGUAUUGUUUGGGGAGUAAACCAGUCCAAUUUGAACUUCUUAGUGAAGCUAAAACUAUAUUUGCCAACACAUCAUUUCAUACUGCAAAUUAUUUAGAUGGUAAUCUAAAUGUUGGGAUUCCUGUGUUUACCAUUCAUGGAAAUCAUGAUGAUCCUUCAGGUCCUGGUGGUUUAUGUGCAGCUGAUUUACUGCAUACUGCUGGUUUGAUAAAUCUUUUUGGAAAGUUCUCUUCAGUAGAACGAAUAGAUUUGACUCCUGUUUUGCUACGCAAAGGAAACACUCGUGUGGCGUUAUAUGGUCUCGGAUCUGUACGAGAAGAGAGGCUUCAUCGAUUAUUUUUGAAUGAUAGUGUUACAUUUUACCGUCCUACUGAGUGUGUGGAUGACUGGUUUUCAAUUUUUACGGUUCACCAAAAUCGUGUUCAUCAUGGUCCUACAAGUUAUCUACCCGAAAACUUCCUCCCAGAUUUUCUUGAUCUUGUUAUUUGGGGCCAUGAACAUGAGUGUCGUGUAGAACCCGAAUGGAACUCUUCUAAAAACUUUUAUGUUGUUCAGCCUGGCAGUUCUGUAGCUACUGCUCUUUCUGAAGGUGAAGCACAAAAUAAAGCUGUUGCAUUGUUGGAAAUCAGAGGUAAAGAGUUUAAGGUCAAACGUCUACCUUUGCGUACUGUCAGACCAUUUUUAUUUAAGGAUUUAGUUUUACAAGACUAUGUACCAAAGCUGGAUCCAAACGCUUUCGAUAUUACCAAGCGAAUCGAGUCAAUAUGUGAUAAAUUUAUUGAAUCAGAAAUAAGCAAGGCCGUAGCUUUUUCGUCUGAGGCUUUAGCAAGUGAACUAAACGCUGAUGCUAAUAAAUCAACUAAUGCAACAGAAUAUGAGUCUAACGAAAAUAUCAAGAUAAUAUCAACUCAGCGAUUACUUCCUCCAGUCGAACCACUUAUACGAUUACGCGUAGAUUUAAGUGGUGGUUUUGAGUCAUUCAGUGGACUUAGAUUCGGUCAAAAAUUUGUUGGUCGUGUGGCCAACCCUAAACUUUAA